AGCGCGCAUGCGCAGAGAGAUUCUCUGACAAGUGUGUUUUAUCAUCAAUGUCAACACCAACAACGCAAAGGCUAACUCGUGGAAAUGAAGAUAAUACGCCUCGCUUCAACGGUGGCGCUUCCAAACGAUCCACUAGAGAGCUAGCUCAACUUGCACAGAAACAUAUCACACAACCGAAAACGACAUCAAAUGUUGCGGUUGUGGUAUUCGCUGUACUAUACAUUGCAAUGGCUAUCAUCGGAUUUUUAAAUCUUGAUAAUUGCCCAGUUAGACCGGAAAUUCCAAUAUGGAUGAUCGUCGCGGCAUUUUCUUCUUUGCUGAAUAUCGCUAAUCACUUUUAUAAAUUAUAUAAGGAAACACACAAUCAAUCUUAUCCUCUUUUUGUUCGCAUACUUGAUGGAAUACUUCUAGUUUUUAGGCCCGUGUGGUUUAUAGCAGGAUGUGUGUGGGUAUAUACCGCUUAUGUAGAUGUUACUUAUGAGACUAUCGACAAUGAGAACUAUUGUGAUCAAAUCACAUAUAGCACAGCAUUAGUCUUCUCAACAGUAUUCUGCAUAAUUGUUGUGUUCAUACUCGCAUGCCUUUGCUGUGCAUGUUGUUAUGUUAUAUUUCAUGAUGACUCUGACUCUGAAGAUGGCAACGAUGACAUGUAAAAUAGUACAAAGGUG